AUGCUGAACGUCCCUUCCCAGUCUUUCCCGGCUCCCAGCUCGCAGCAGCGCGUUGCCUCCGGGGGGCGUAGUAAGGUUCCUUUGAAACAGGGCAGAAGUCUUAUGGAUUGGAUUCGACUGACCAAAAGCGGAAAGGACCUGACAGGCUUGAAAGGAAGGUUAAUUGACGUAAGUGAAGAGGAACUUAAAAAACACAACAAAAAAGAUGAUUGUUGGAUAUGCAUACGAGGGUUUGUUUAUAAUGUCAGUCCAUAUAUGGAGUAUCAUCCUGGUGGAGAAGAUGAAUUAAUGAGAGCAGCAGGAUCCGAUGGCACUGACCUUUUUGAUCAGGUUCAUCGUUGGGUCAAUUACGAAUCCAUGCUGAAAGAAUGCUUGGUUGGCAGAAUGGCAGUUAAACCUACUCUUUCUAAAGAUUAUAAUAAAAAGAACAAACUAUUGAACAGCAUGCUUCCUAAGAGCCAAGUGACUGAUACACUUGCCAAAGAAGGCCCUAGUUCCCCAAGCUAUGACUGGUUCCAAACAGAGUCUUUAGUCACCAUUGUCAUAUAUACUAAACACAAGGAUAUCAAUUUAGACUCGGUUAUAAUUGAUCAUCAAGAUGAUUCCUUUAGAGCAGAGACAGUUAUCAAGGAUCGUUCAUAUUUGAUACAUCUUGGCUUAUUUAUUUUCUUUUCAGUGCAGGUUGUUGAGAAUGUGGGGAAAAUAGAGAUUGUCCUGAAGAAAAAAGAGAAUACUUCUUGGAAAUGUCUUGGUCAUCCUCUGGUGGAUCAUAAUUCAUUUAUUCCAAAGAAAGAUACAGGUUUGUACUACAGAAAGUGCCAAUUAAUUUCCAAGGAAGAUGUUACUCAUAAUACGAAGCUUUUCUGCUUGAUGCUGCCACCAAGCACUCAUCUUCAGGUGCCUAUUGGGCAACAUAUUUACCUCAAGCUAACUAUCACAGGUACAGAAAUAGUGAAGCCAUAUACACCUGUAUCUGAUUCCUUACUCUCAGAGUUCCAGGAACCAAUUCUUUGCAACAAUAAAUGCAUCUACUUUUUGAUCAAAAUCUAUCCUGCUGGACUCUUCACACCAGAGCUUGAUCAUCUUCAGAUUGGAGACUGUAUUUCUGUAAGCAAUCCUGAGGGCAAUUUUAAAAAAUCCCAGCUCCAAGAAGUAGAAGAUCUCUUUUUAUUGGCAGCUGGAACCGGUUUUACACCAAUGGUUAAAAUACUGAAUUAUGCAUUGACUCAUAUACCCAGUCUCAGGAAAGUGAAGCUGAUGUUCUUCAAUAAAACAGAGGAUGAUAUAAUUUGGAGGAGCCAAUUGGAAGAAUUAGCAUUUAAAGAUAACAGAUUUGAUGUUGAAUUUGUUCUCUCAGAGCCCAUUUCUGAAUGGAAUGGCAAGCGGGGAUACAUUUCACCAGCUCUUCUUUCUGAAUUUUUAAAAAGAAGCUCAGACAAAUCCAAAGUUCUCAUCUGCAUUUGUGGACCAACGCCAUUUACAGAACAAGGCAUCAGGUUGCUGCAUGAUCUAAACUUUUCCAAAGAUGAGAUUCAUAGUUUUACAGCAUAA